UGGACAUAAUUGCAAUAACGGGGAAAUCCUUUUGCUUGUAGAUUCAUAAGAAUCUUGAGUAACCACGCAUGUUAUAUUAAUUUUAUUCAGCAACACGGUCUGUUUGUCAACAUUGGCAAUUCGGAUGUGAUAAUGGUUACGAAUGUGUGCAUCGAUAUUAUCUUUGUGAUGGAAGGAAUCAUUGCUCUGAUGGUAGUGAUGAAUGGUAUUGGAACUGCGGUAUGUUCUAAUUUUAUUAUAAAAUUUGGCAGACAGAACAUGUUAUAAUUAUCUCAUUUGACAGAGACACAUUUUUUCAAAAGUUAAAUUGUUGAUUUAUAAUUGUUAUAGCAAGUUCAACCAGUUCAUCAAUUCAACCUUCGUCAACAGGUAAGUUUAAUGCAAGCAUCUUUAAUAAUCUCUUCUUUAGUAUUUUAUUAGCUGUUAAUUGUCCACUGUCGGUUUUCCAUCUGUUCUUCAACGUUCACGUUCAUAUGUUCCAGCUCCGUAAUGUUUCUGAACGUCUCCAUCUUCUCAUCGUCGUUUCGUCCCCCCUUCUCCAAUGUUUUUAGAGUGUAGUUUUAGGUCUGUUCAAAGCGGAUAAAGAAUUGGGGAGGGGGUUGAUAAUUGUAAGCAUACAGUGUUGGGUAUCUUGCACGCAUCUACUCACAGAAUUUCAUCAACUUUGUUCUUAAAGCCAUAUGUGACUAUAUGUCUCGCACUAAAUUAAAUUGUCAAGUAUUAAAGGUUAUAUUUUAAGCUGACUUUUAUAUGAGGAAUGUUGAAAAUUGAUCUAAGAGGACAUGAGAAAACAGGAAGUUGCAGCUUUUUCAAGAAGGUUAACCUUUUACUGAUGAUCAAAAGGGCCCGGCUCAUCAGAAAAUCAUGCUUCACUACUGGAGCAAGCAAAGGGCCUAUUGGGGUAAAUGCCCCUGUAGUUAUACAGGGUGUAUAAAAAAAAAACUGAACAGAUUUGAAAUUGCUCUCAACUUCGCAAAACAUCUAUUUGUAUCCGGUUUUUUAUAUAUAUAGCUUCUUUGGGUACUUAUAAUGUAGAAUGAUGAAAAAAAUUUCUUGAACUCAAAUUUUGUGAACCAGGGGGUGUGUCUUUUCCAACAAAUUAAUAAUGGCUCGAGCACAAAAUUUAAAAGAUGUAAUCAUAUUUUGAGUUAAACGAUGGAAAAUUUGCCGGGUUUUUAAUUACUAUACAAACUUUCAGACAAUUUGGUUUAGUUUAAGCCCUUUAACUAUUCGGGCAAAGUUACAUUUUUCCUAAAAAUCAGCUUUUCGCAUGCUUAAUGCAUUUGCCUAAUUUGCAUAUGUCAGCAAUAUGCAAAUUAGGUAAAGGCAUUAAUUAAGCAUGCGAAAAGCUGAUUUUUUAGUAUAAAAUAAAUAGUUAAAGGGCUUAAACUAAACCAAUCAUGUGAAAAGAGUCUGUCAAGGUUCUGCCGUAAGUCGUGGGUUUUCUCUGGGUGCGCCGGUUUUCUCCCACAGCACAAGCUGACAGGGUGGGUGAGGAUAAACAGAUCUCAAUUGUUGUAAAGAUAAAUAGUCUAGGUUAAGUCAGUAACAUGAGCGUAAUACUUGAUGUAAUCGGUCACUGAAAAUCCCCAGAAUGGGAGGUAGCUGAAUAAUGUAAUGAAGGAUAUUUUAGCGAAUUUCUUGUGUGUUUUUUGAUGAACUUCAUGAGCUGCUAGUCGUCGUCAUCACAAGUAAAUUUUAAUCUGCUAAUAUACAGUAAGGGAAGCGUUAAUGUAGGAUUUACUGUUAUUAGGAACAAACAGGCUGUAAGACUAUAGAAUAUUAGAUUCUCAAAAUUGAACAACAGGCAGGAAUGGACAUAAUUGCAAUAACGGGGAAAUCCUUUUGCUUGUAGAUUCAUAAGAAUCUUGAGUAACCACGCAUGUUAUAUUAAUUUUAUUCAGCAACACGGUCUGUUUGUCAACAUUGGCAAUUCGGAUGUGAUAAUGGUUACGAAUGUGUGCAUCGAUAUUAUCUUUGUGAUGGAAGGAAUCAUUGCUCUGAUGGUAGUGAUGAAUGGUAUUGGAACUGCGGUAUGUUCUAAUUUUAUUAUAAAAUUUGGCAGACAGAACAUGUUAUAAUUAUCUCAUUUGACAGAGACACAUUUUUUCAAAAGUUAAAUUGUUGAUUUAUAAUUGUUAUAGCAAGUUCAACCAGUUCAUCAAUUCAACCUUCGUCAACAGGUAAGUUUAAUGCAAGCAUCUUUAAUAAUCUCUUCUUUAGUAUUUUAUUAGCUGUUAAUUGUCCACUGUCGGUUUUCCAUAUGUUCUUCAACGUCCACGUUCAUAUGUUCCAGCUCCGUAAUGUUUCUGAACGUCUCCAUCUUCUCAUCAUCGGUUCGUCCCCCCUUCCCCAAUGUUUUUAGAGUGUAGUUUUAGGUCUGUACAAAGCGGAUAAAGAAUUGGGGAGGGGGUUGAUAAUUGUAAGCAGACAGUGUUGGGUAUCUUGCCCACAUCUACUCACAGAAUUUCAUCAAUUUUGUUCUUAAAGCUAUAUGUGACCAUAUGUCUCGCACUAAAUUAAAUUGUCAAGUAUUAAAGUUAUAUUAUAAGCUGACUUUUAUGUGAGGGAAUGUUGAAAAUUGAUGUGACAGGACAUGAGAAAGCAGGAAGUUGCAGCUUUUUCAAGAAGGUUAAUCUUUCACUGAUGAUCAAAAGGGCCCAGCUCAUCUGAAAAUCAUGCUUCAUUACUGGAGCAAGCAAAGGGCCUAUUGGGGUAAAUGCCCUGUAGUUAUAUAGUUAAAAAAAUGCCCUGUCUGUGCAUCAAUUCAACAUUUGUUAGCAAGUAAGUAUAAGUAUGGGGUUUCGCUGGCGCAGUUGUAAGUGUAAAUGCCUUUCACAUCUGAGAUCGUGGGUUUGGUUCUCUCUUCGUACUCAUGUGAAAAGAGUGUGUCAAGGUUCUGGCGUAAGUCGUGGGUUUUCUCUGGGUGUGCCGGUUUUCUCCCACAGCACAAGCUGACAGGGUGGGUGAGGAUAAACAGAUCUCAAUUGUUGUAAAGAUAAAUAGUCUAGCUUAAGUAAGUAACAUGAGCGUGAUACUUGAUGUAAUCUGUCACUGAAAAUCCCCAGAAUGGGAGGUAGCUGAAUACUGUAAUAAUGUAAUGAAGGGUAUUUUAGUGAAUUUCUUGUGUGCUUUUUGAUGAACUUCAUGAGUUGCUAGUCGUCGUCAUCACAAGUAAACUUUAAUCUGCUAAUAUACAGUAGGGGAAGCGUUAAUGUAGGAUUUACUGUUAAUAGGAACAAACAGGCUGUAAGACUAUAGAAUAUUAGAUUCUCAAUAUUGAACAACAGGCAGGAAUGGACAUAAUUGCAAUAACGAGGAAAUCCUUUUGCUUGUAGAUUCAUAAGAAUCUUGAGUAACCACGCAUGUUAUAUUAAUUUUAUUCAGCAACACGGUCUGUUUGUCAAUAUUGGCAAUUCGGAUGUGAUAAUGGUUACGAAUGUGUGCAUCGAUAUUAUCUUUGUGAUGGAAGGAAUCAUUGCUCUGAUGGUAGUGAUGAAUGGUAUUGGAACUGCGGUAUGUUCUAAUUUCGCUAUCAAAUUUUGCAGACAGGAACAUGUUAUAAUUAUCUCAUUUGACAGAGACACAUAUUUUCAAAAGUUAAAUUGUUGAUUUAUAAUUGUUAUAGCAAGUUCAAGCAGUUCAUCAAUUCAACCUUCGUCAACAGGUAAGUUUAAUGUAAGCAUCUUUAAUAAUCUCUUCUUUAGUAUUUUAUUAGCUGUUAAUUGUCCACUGUCGAUUUUUCAUCUGUUCUUCAACGUCCACGUUCAUAUGUUGCAGCUCCGUAAUGUUUCUGAACGUCUCCAUCUUCUCAUCGUCGGUUCGUCCCCCCUUCCCCAAUGUUUUUAG